AUGAAAUGUCAAUCUAUUCCUGGAAAUACAAAUAACAGAAUUGAACCAUCGAUAUAUAGAGGGCCUGAGUUCUGUAAAAGAUUACUUGAUUUACCGAUAUUAUUUAGUAAUGCCCUUGCUGCACUUAAUUCCUUAAAUAAAUAUAUUGAUAAGGAAUGGAAUUUCUUAAAUGAAGCUCAUAAUGAUUUGUUUAAUAAUUUACUCUAUUUAACUGAAAGAAUAUCAAAUAAAAUUCAAAAAGAACAGAAAUUAAUCAUUGAUGAUAAACAUUCAUUAUCAAAUCAUAUAAAUUAUCCAAUAGAAAUCCAAUCUAAUCCUGUGUCAAGUUAUAAUUCAAUAUUAUAUUCUGAACGUCCUAACCAAUCUAAAGAGGAAUCAAUAAGAUCUAUAGAUAAUCAUAUACUUGAGAUAAAGAACAAUAAGGAUAUAAAUCAGGAAACAAUUUCUGGACUUGAAUAUAUUCAUAAUCAAAAUUUAAAUAAAGUUACAUAUCCUGGUCAUACAAUAAUGAAUAUGGGGGAAUCAUAUGAUGAUAAUUCUUAUUCUCAAUCUACAAUAAAACUUCAGAUAAGUAAUUUAAAUAAUUCUCAAAAUAUUCACUCAGAGGUUAUAAAUCAUUCAACUGAUAUUCAACAAAUACAAAACCUUUUACCUGAAAAAGAAAUUAAUAAUACUGAAAUUAUUAAAAAAAAUUAUAUAGAGUCUUUUGAAAAAUAUUCUAAAUCUAAAAGUGAUAUAGAACUUUCAUUUCAAAAAAAAACUCAUAUUCUUCAAGAAUUAUAUACUCAAUUAUCUGCAAUUAUUAGAUCUCUAGAAAUGUUUAUAUGUGUUAAACCAAAAUUAUUACAAUCAAAUAUAAAGUCAUUAUAUGUAAUAAAACAAACAGAUAUAGUAGAUGUAGAAGAUAUUAAAAAAAAAGUUGGUAUUAGGGGACGUCCUCCAGGAGGUCGUGGUCGUCCCCUUGGUUCUACUAAAGUUAAUAAGAAGACGAAGCUCCUCACUAAUAAUAAGAAAUCAAGUAAUAUAUCAAAAUAA